AUGGAUGUCGCAAUGGCUAUGAGUGCACGUUUUGCCAUGACGAUCAUGAAGUCGCUACUGGCAAAACACAUCGGCCCUCUAAAGGAGUUCGUUCAGGCUACAAGCGUUCUGUUAAUCAGAUCAUCGAGUCUGACCUGCCUGAGGAGCAGAAGCUUGAGGCCUACAAGCGUUUAG